CCGCCAUUUUUAUUUCAUCACAUUCAAGAAGAAAUUUAAUCGCCAACAAUUUUUCCUUCAUAAAUUAAUAAAAAAUUUAAAUAAAUGCUAAAAGACACUUCUUCGAGUGUAACAAAAUAAUAAAUACAUCAAAUAGUUCAAAAUAUUAAAAAUCUAUAAGCUAAAGAAAUAAAAUAUCGUACAAAUCGUCAUCAUCAAAUAUCAAAGCUAAUUUCAACCCGGAAACUCGGGAUUAAAAAUUGGAACGAAAUUAUUUUUGUUUUCUCCAAUAAAUCAAAGCAGUUUUUCAAGAUUAAAACAAUUAUAUGGUAUAUGCAAUUAAACAAACAAAGCAUAAAAAAGCAAUACAAAAUAAGGAACUUAAAUUACAUUUUUAUUGGAUAUAAAAACAAAAGGAACGACAAAAACAACAAUACAAAGAAUACAAUAGCAGACUCAGUUGGAAUAUAAAUUAGAAAAUCAGCAUUAUUAAUUUUUAACAACAUCAACAAAAAUAACAAAAUGUCAAACCCAGCAUCUUUAAAUGCAAUCAAUAAGAUUCACAUCAACAGUUCAACAAAAAUGACGUUAAGUGAUCGUUUUACAGCAUUCUCUGAACAGCCGAAAAUAAAUCCAAGGACUUCACGUCGAGACAUUGAUAGUCCAGUCAGUCGAGCAGCAUCAAUAGCAAAUCGCCGUCUCCUGAAGCAAUUGGCGCAAAAGCACACAAUGGAGGCAGCAUUAAAACUAAAAAGAAGAAGCAUGAAGGCGAGACCACAGCCAACAACAGCUGCAUACAAACGGGUCACUAAUGGCCAACCACUUAAACGUGGAACCAUAAAAGCCCUACGCCUGGGACCCAGUGGAAGGCUCCUAAAAGCCAACAGCAUUUCAAAUGUCGCAACAAUGGAAGCAGACUUUUUGGGACGCCGGUCUCCGAGGCGAUCGAAUUCAGUCGCAAGAGUAGCAGAGCGAAUCGGAGCAAAACGCCUCCAAACGGCAAGGUAUCCCCGCCGCGUUGGUGGCCGCCCCAUAUGGAGUGUAAAUCCUCAGUUGAAUUCAAUUCGCGAACCACCAACGGCGGCGCGCAUGCGAUCCAGGAGUCGCUCUAGAACACGUCAAGCCCCUGUGCAAUCCCCACGAACAUCGCAGCCAGGAAUAUCGGGUCGAUUGGCUCGUGGUCGUUCGAACAGUCGCUCUCGCCCAAUGAUCCGCAGUCGGUCACGAUCAAGAAUUGAUCGCGUCAACAGAAUGGCAAAUGCCAGUGGCGUUAAUUCUGUGCCGAUUACCAGUCGCUUGGGCAGGCGACUUGGAGCUCCAAUAGGGAGAGCUCGUUCAGUUAGCCGCCAAGGCGUAGGCACUGCUAGAAGGGCAUUAAGAGGAGGUGUCGCCUCCGGGCGUAUUCUCAAGAGACGCAACUCUGUAAAGGUUGCUACAGCCAAAGGUUCUUCCCUGGCAACUGGUGGUGUACAAAGCAGAUUGAGUCGCCCCAAAGGAAGGUUACCACCAACUGCAGCUAACCAAAGGUUAAAUAGAUCGGCUUCUAAGAGAGGCAACGCUGCACGUGGACGUGCUCGUUCAAGGAGUCGCGUUGACAACAAACCUUUACAGAGAAAAAAUUUAGCAGCCAGAGGCGGGGCCGCUGUAGCCAAUAGGCAAAGGGGUGGAGCGCAACGUGGUCGUGCCGCAGCAGGUCAUAACAUCGGACGUCGAGGUCGCAGCCAACAAAGAGGAGGAGCAACAUCCGUUGGAGGAGCUAAACGUAAUGGCAAUGCCCAACAACAACAACGACGCGGUCGUAGUCGCAGCCGAGGACGAGGAAGUGCUCGUGGUGGACGACAACUAGGUAAAAACGGACUGAAGUUAGUAGGAGGCUUUUCGUACAGAUAAGCAAGAUGUGAAGAAGGAAGACUUGGACAAGGAACUCGAUCAAUACAUGUCGAGCACUAAAUCCUCUGAUGGAUUGUUUUCCUAAAUGAUGGCUUAAAUAUUGUUGACACCACAUAUCCAAUCCGAGAGGAGCUAUCCAAAGAAGAUGAUUUAUUGUUUGUAAUUUCAAUUGUGGACACACGUUGGUGUUUAGUUAAUUUAGGUUAGUUAAGUUUUCUAAGCAACUUAUCUCGAUUUACUGUUUUUUCAAAUAAGCAAAACAAAACAUAAAAACACUCAAAUGAUCUUAAUGAAAUUCAGCGAAUCAUAUUUUUUGAAAAAAGUUACAAUAAUGAUGUUUUUAUUUUAUUUCUUUUUUGUACUAUUUUAAUAAUAUUUAAACUGAAAAACUAAGUAUUUGAACUGAUGUAUAUUUAAAAAAUAAGCAAAUACAUUUAUGAAUAAUGUAGAAUAGUA